AUAGCCACGAGUCUGGAGGGCCCCAGCAUGCCUCGCGACGCGAAAGGCAACGUGGGAGUCGUGGUUCCGGACUCUUACCGGUCUCGCUGGCUCGGCAGUGGCGGCUCCCUGGGCCCCAGCCAGCGGUUCCUGUGAGGGCGAGCUGAGGCUGAGAAAGGGCGCGGAACUGAAAAGGGUGAGUCAGACACGGUUUACGCGAUAAAAGGAGGCGACACCGUGGCUAAGACUGAAGUUAGUGCGGCCCCUGCUGGAGGCUGGGAAGGGACGCGGCGAUCUUAGCGCUGGAGAGAGGAGGAGUCAGAGUCCAUUCCGCGCACCUGUUCUCCCCCGGCACCCCGCCGCCAUCGCCACCAUGCAGUCCCGGGAAGAGGCCCCGCGCUCUCGCCGUCUCGCCAGUCCCCGCGGUGGGCGGAGGCCCAAGAGGAUUUCCAAGCCCUCGGUUUCGGCGUUUUUCACUGGCCCAGAGGAACUGAAGGACACGGCCCAUUCGGCCGCCCUGCUGGCACAGCUCAAGUCCUUCUACGACGCGCGGUUGCUGUGCGAUGUGACCAUCGAGGUGGUCACGCCUGGCAGUGGGCCUGGCACCGGCCGCCUUUUUUUCUGCAACCGCAACGUGCUGGCCGCCGCGUGUCCCUACUUCAAGAGCAUGUUCACCGGCGGCAUGUAUGAGAGCCAGCAGGCGAGCGUGACCAUGCACGAUGUGGACGCCGAGUCCUUCGAGGUGCUGGUGGACUACUGCUACACGGGCCGGGUGUCCCUGAGUGAGGCCAACGUGCAGCGCCUUUAUGCGGCCUCGGACAUGCUACAGCUUGAAUAUGUGCGGGAAGCCUGUGCCUCCUUCCUAGCCCGCCGCCUGGACCUGACCAACUGCACCGCCAUCCUCAAGUUCGCAGAUGCCUUUGACCAUCACAAGCUGCGAUCACAGGCCCAGUCCUUUAUAGCCCACAACUUCAAGCAGCUUAGCCGCAUGGGUUCGAUUCGGGAGGAGACUCUGGCAGAUCUGACCCUGGCCCAGAUGCUGACUGUCCUGCGCCUGGAUAGUCUGGACAUCGAGAGUGAGCGGACAGUGUGUCAUGUGGCGGUGCAGUGGUUGGAGGCAGCUCCCAAGGAGCGGGGUCCCAGCGCUGCAGAAGUCUUCAAGUGUGUGCGCUGGACACACUUCACUAAUGAGGAUCGGAAUUACCUGGAAGGGCUGCUGACCAACACCAUUGUGAAGAAGUACUGCCUUGAUCUUAUCGAAGGAGCCUUGCAGCUGCGGUAUGGUGAUAUGUUGUACAAGCCUGUGGUGCCAAAGCCGGAGACCAGCAGCAGCACUGUUGUAUCUACAGCAGAAAAUCCACCCCAGAGGCUGGGUAUGUGCGCCAAGGAGAUGGUGAUCUUCUUUGGACACCCUAGAGACCCCUUUCUCUGCUAUGACCCAUACUCAGGAGAUAUUUACACAAUGCCAUCACCUUUGACCAGCUUGGCUCACACUAAGACUAUCACCUCCUCAGCUGUCUGUAUUUCUCCAGACCAUGACAUUUAUCUAGCUGCCCAGCCCAGGAAAGACCUCUGGGUGUAUAAACCAGCCCAGAACAGUUGGCAGCAACUUGCAGACCGCUUGCUGUGCCGGGAAGGCAUGGAUGUGGCAUAUCUCAAUGGCUAUAUUUACAUUUUGGGUGGGCGAGACCCUAUCACUGGAGUUAAAUUGAAGGAAGUGGAAUGCUACAGUGUUCAGAGGAACCAGUGGGCACUGGUGGCACCUGUACCCCAUUCCUUCUAUUCUUUUGAACUGAUAGUGGUUCAGAACUAUCUUUAUGCUGUCAACAGUAAGCGCAUGCUCUGCUAUGAUCCUAGUCAUAAUUUGUGGCUGAACUGUGCUUCUCUUAAACGAAGUGACUUUCAGGAAGCCUGUGUCUUCAAUGAUGAGAUCUAUUGUAUCUGUGACAUCCCUGUCAUGAAGGUCUAUAACCCAGCCAGGGGAGAAUGGAGGCAGAUUAGUAAUAUUCCCUUGGACUCAGAGACCCACAACUACCAGAUCGUCAACCAUGGCCAAAAGUUGCUGCUUAUCACUUCUACCACCCCACAGUGGAAAAAAAACCGAGUGACUGUGUAUGAAUAUGAUACUCGGGAAGACCAGUGGGUUAAUAUAGGUACCAUGUUAGGUCUUUUGCAGUUUGACUCUGGCUUCAUUUGCCUCUGUGCUCGUGUUUAUCCUUCCUGCCUUGAACCUGGUCAGAGUUUCAUCACUGAGGAAGAUGAUGCACGGAGUGAGUCUAGCACUGAAUGGGACUUAGAUGGAUUCAGUGAGCUGGACUCUGAGUCAGGGAGCUCAAGUUCUUUUUCAGAUGAUGAAGUUUGGGUACAGGUAGCACCUCAGCUAAAUGCACAGGAUCAUCAGCAGGGUUCUUUGUAAAUAUUUUGAAACACUAAGAUGUUUAUUACUGCUAUGGAAUGUAUUGUAAGGAAAAAAGUUGUUUAGGACUCAGAUUUGGUUUAUAAAAGGUAACAAUGGAUUACUAAUGUAAUGUUACACAAUUUAAACAGUCCACAAAAUCAGCCUAUGUAAUAAUUUACUGUGCAAAAAGUUGAGAUUAAAAUAUGCAAAGAUGAACUAUAUAAUUGAUUUGAAUACUUGGGAUUUUUUUUCAUCAUUUAAGUUUAUUUUACAAGUUGUUUUAGUUUCUAUUUCAUUAUCUCAGUUUUCUCUAACUUUUGAAUUCUACUUAGUGAUGCUAGGAAUUUAACUUCUUAAAUUUUAUAAAAUUGGAUUUAAGGUUAGUAGGAUUUGAAGGUUUGUAUUUUUCUUUUAGAAUAAUGAAGGUAGUAGAUUUUCCAAAUUUUGAAUGUAAUGUCUUAGUAUUCUAGGUUAAUAUAGCUUGUUAAAUUUUGGUUUGAUUUUUUUCCCUUCUGCAAAAAACAAAACAAAAACCUGGAGAUAAAUAUGUAAAGGUUAUUGAAUAGUGAUUUCAUUUUCAUGUACAGAAUGAUCUUAAGAACUCAAAGAAAGUAAAUUUCAAUGUUCUAGAAGAAAUGUCACUUUUAAUUUUGGAAUAUAAAGUGCGUAUUUGCUACAUGUGACCAUAUUUCCAUCAUAAAAAUAUCCAUUCUAGUAGUGUCACCAAUUAUUUAAAUAAUCUUCUAGCCACCCUCCCCCCCACAUACACACACAGGUAAUUUUCUUUUAAGUUCAUAUUUUUAAUCUAUAACUGAUACAGGCUUCAUGGAGUCAGAGGAACAAUCCUUUUUCACCGGACAUAUGACCAGGUAAUGUAAAUUUCAUCCAUGGUCAUGCCUUAUCUUAAAAAGAUUAUAUACUUUCCAAAAUUAUUUUAAGUGUAUACUUUUGGUAUUUAUCCUAGGGGAUACUUUAGCAAGAAUAGAUUUAUUCUAAAUGUUUUUGUGAGGCAAUAGUGGUCUUGAAAAUAAUUAAGCUAAAAGUAUUUUACUGAAAUCAGUAAUUAUUGUGUCUAUCAACUCUAAAGUGCCAGAAGAGAACAUUAAACCAUUAAGUUGUGCAUAGAACUGUUUUGUGUAGCAUUGACAGAUUCUAUCAGUUUUUUAAGUUAUUGUACAUGUUUAUCAACUUGAAGUUGUUUUUGUAUUAAAAAUGAGCAAUUAUAAAACAUCCAUAAGUGGAUGAUGACAUUGGGGCCAACAGUGAAGGUAUGCUUCCUCUAAAAUAUUUCAGUAAGCAGCAGCAUACAUGGUUAUUUUACUAGGUUACUUGUGAACUAUGAUCCAGUUUGGGUUUCUGGUUUUUUUGUUUGUCACCAUAAUAUAAAGGAAAUGUCCAGAAAUAGAGACUAAAUUGCAUAAAAUUGACAUUGUUGCUUAUAUGAAUAUAUAAGUGCUUACAUUUUGAGAGUCCAUUAAUACAUUUGGUUGUCACUACAUAAACACAUGAUAAAUCGUAUACUUUUACAAAUGUUUAUGGUCUAUAAUUUUUCUGUACCCACUUAGAGUUAUCUUCUUGAAGCUUUGUUCAGUAGCUUGCUAAUUAUUCUGUGUUAUUCAAUCAUUAUAGUCAUCAAAUGCUGACAUUUCUUACACCCUGGCUUAGUACUGAGAAGUGUGCUCAGAGAUGGGGAACUGAAUUUUGAAUGAAAAAGAGAAAAGGAAGAAGAAAAAGAUUACAAACCAUGUUUUCUUAGCUAUUUUGAUUUUCAUUUGAAGAAUUCACCAGACAUUCUUGUUUAACAUUAUUUCUAGUACAGUAAAAUUCUUGCCCUGGUGAUGCCUGCUCCUUCUAGAAGGCACACUUACUUUUUGGUCUAAAAGUAACUUUUUUCCAUUCAGUGUCAGGGAUGUUAUAAGCACUGCUCUUGAUAUAGAAAAUUAUUUAAAUAGUGUUAUUUUUUUGGUGAACUUUUCUUGGCCAAUAACAUCUUUGUUUAUAAAUUUUUUUUUUGUAUAGUUGAAACAGGCCAAUGCUGAUCUUAGAUUAUCCAUCUGCAGAAUUAAAGUAUGCAACCAAUUUAUGAGACAUAUUCUCUAGUUUGUCAUUCUCAACUCUUGAGUUAAGUAUAAGUUACUAAGUAGUAAUAUCUUUUAAAAAGAGGUUUUCUUGGGAAGGAUUUUGGUUUUAUGAUAUAUUGGGAAUAGGGAAUAGAUUUUAACCAUUAUUUUAUAGAUAAGUGAUUUGUACAUGGUUAGUUACAAAUAAAAGGGGCAGUAUAACCCAGACCUUCAGACCUCUUAAUUUACUGUUUCUGCUAAAUGUACAAAGCUCUUGCUUGCACAGUUAAUGACACAACUGGCAGUGUUGAAAUGCCCUAUUGACAGGAAAGUACCUUUGUCUUAGUUUUAGAAUUAGUUGGCACAUCUUUUAGCAAAUGCUCACUAUAAUGUAUAUAGCAGUACUACUAUUGGUAAGAUUAGAAUGAUCCUGGUUAUUUGUUGGUUUGUUUUUAAUCUGUGUGCCUGUAGUCUGAAAAGCUCAGAGAAUCCAAGUUAUUUCAAGUACUUUAAAAAUUCGAAUGAUAAAUGACUGGUGUUUUCAAAAGGAUAAAAGACUACUCAACAACUUGUUUGAGUGUAGAAUUAAAUUUAAGUUAGAGUUUCCUUUCUAUUUCUAGUUGAGUAGUGGCUUUUUUUUCUGUUUUGAUACCUGGUUCUUGAGAAUCUGAUGAAAGCCUAUGACCCAUUCCCCAGGAAAAUGUGCAUGUUCAUGUUUUCAUAAUUUCAAGGUUGUUAUGACACUUUUGAAGUUCUUCCACACACCAGGGUAAGAACACUUAGGACAAUGUCUCAAGAACAGUUCUAAAUAUUUCACAAGGAAUGUUGCUCAAAUGCUUGUAAGGGGAAAUGUCGUUCCUAAAAUAAAGUCAUAGAAAUAAUAUACAUUUACCAUCUGAAAGGGAUGUGACUAUUAAUGAUAGAACAAAGGCAAAACUGACAUUUCUGAAAUGCAAAUUUCCUCAUGAAAUAACUAAAUGUUAAUGAAUGAUUGAAAAUGAUGAGUCAGAUGAGCAAAUGUAUAUGAAAUGUGAUAUGACUAUUGUCUAGGAAGGCUGUGUAUAUAUUAGGUCUCAUGUAUAUGGUCCAGAUGUUUCAAACUGCUGACAUCACAGCAAGAAUUCUUUAUCUCAUAAUGAGCUGUUAAACAUGUGGUUUGGAAAAGAGCUUCUACCUAUGAGGAAUCUUUUAAAAGUAUAGUUAAGAUAGAAACUAGACUUUUGGUGGUGAACAAAAUGUAGUAUAUACAGAUGUUGCUUUAUAUGCUGUACAUUUAAAAAAUAUAUAAUGUUAUAAGCCAAUGUUAUUUCAAUAAAAUGUUUUUAAAAAUAUUACAUAGCAGUUCUAAAAGCAACACUUCAUUCUGCGCUUUUAUUGGGAGUGGUGAAUAUUUACUGGGAGUGAAGUGAUAACUUGUAGGCAGUGCAGCAUAGUGGUUAAGUCUAUAGUAUACUUUGUCAAGUAAUCUUAAUUCAGUUCUGCUACUUAGUAUUUGUGUGACGUAAAUUAACCCUGAACAUCAGUUAACAUCUUGUAAAGUGAGAUAAAAAUAGGGUUAAUGUGGAGGUUAAAUAAGGUAGUUGGAACAACAAUUUUAGUUUAAUAUAUUUGUAAUACAGUGAAAAUGUUCAGACAACACAAAAAUAUUCUUUACUGGACUGGAAUUUUAAUUUCAUUGGUUUCACAAAUUUUUUUUAAAUGCAAUUUACACCCCAAUAUUACCUUAGUUAAAAGUUAAUUAAAGAAUACAACUACAGAUAAAUUCCUGUUAUGUAAAGGAAACAGGAUAAUCUAUGCUGAUGAAAGAUGUAAAAUUGAAUCCACAAGUGCUCUGGCCAUAAAAUGACCUACGAAUGACGAUGUUUGUGCUUAAAUGUAUUCUGGAGUCAGACUGCCUAUGUUCAGAGUCUCACUCUAUCACCAAUUAUUUAAGUGACUUUAAACAAGUUAACUUCUCCCUAUUCAUUAGUUCAUCAUUCUUAAAUAGAGAAAAACAGAACCUACUUCAUGACAUCACUUUGAGCUGUAGUAUGUGUAUGUGUGGUUUGUAGAAAAAUGUCUGAUGCAUAGCA